CCGAACAUUUGUUUUGCUGUCAACUAUUUAAGUCAAUUCAUGCAAGACCCCAAACAAGAACAUUUUGAUGCAGCUUUGUGAGUGGUAAGCUACAUCAAAGGCACUGUUACCUAUGACAUUUUCUUCUUAGCCUCCAGUCCUCUCCAACUCCAUGGAUUUUGUGAUUUGACUGGGCCAACUGCCCCCUGACUUGUUGCUCCACCACAGACUAUUUGACUUGGAAAUUCUCCUCUAUCAUGGAAAUCCAAGAUGCAACACACUAUCUCUCACUCUUCUGCUGAAGCUGAGUAUGCAGAGUAUAGAGCMAUGGCCAUUACUUCUUCUGAGUUAGUGUGGUUAAAGAGGAUUCUUUAGACUAAAGUACAAGUCAAUCUCUCCAUACCUCCUACGGUGUUAGAAUACUAAGGUGGAAGGUUUUGGAAGAGGGCGCAGGUGGAAGGGUUUUGGUAGAGGGAGAAGUUUUGCGAUGCUUUUUAUUUUUGUUAUGUUUUUUAACAAAAAAAGUUUUUAAAAGGAUUAUUAUUGAACUGGUUGCAAGUUUCUUCCAAGUCAGCAUCAGGUGACGUGUUUAAAGAAAAUCCUUUCGAAUGAACUGAAAAACCAAGAAGAUUCUUAUUGCCCCCCUUUUUAUAAUGCUUGAUGAGAAAUGGGUUUCAAAAGUUACAAGUUUCGGAAUUUGUCUACCUCCGUACCUCGCGCAUCUAUAUCAGUUUUGCUCAAUCAACUCAUUAACAAGUCUAACACCAAAGAAGAAAUGAAGAAAUGAGGAGCAACGGUGAAAGUUCAAUUAGAAUGGAGAUUGUUGAGUCUCACUCCCAGAGGGAUGAUGAUGUUUGCAAUUCUAUUCCUCGUGGUGGCCCCAUCUACGUUCCUAAUCUGGUUAGUCCUAUCACCAGAAUUGCCGAAUUUGAAGCCUCAAUAAUUGAAGAGCUACGGAUGUUGGAGGCAGAGUUGUUUAUUGAUUCAUCUCAAACAUUUGAUGAGGAUGAUCUCUCGGUUGAUGAGCUCAAAGUUUAUACCGAGGAGGAGCUUGUAAAUAAAGCUUUAAAAGAAGCAUUCAAGGAUGAUGUGGACACUGACAAAUUUUCACAACUAUCAGAAGAGCAGUCAAAUGGAGUGAGGGUGCAUGAUAAUAGAAUCUCUAGCAAUGAAAUUGCUUAUUUAGAAAGAUCAAGGAAUGGAGGGAGGGAAACUUCCGCUUCAUGUGAGUCCUUGAAUGAUUCUCUUGUUGAAACAGGUGACACUGGGAGAUUAGGUAAGAGCAAUGGAAAAAAGAGGGGAAAAAGGGGGAGGUCCUUUGACAGAAAUGCUCAUGCUGCGGAGUUGGAAAAUAACUAUGUUGCAAAAGUAGAGCAACUUGCAAAAAUCAAGCAAAAGCAGGAGGAAGACAAAGCAUCAACAAGGCUACAUGCAUUCAACGGUAGCUGUAAGAGUUGCAAGAGUGAUGAAGGAACAGGUUCAUUGUCAGAAAAAGGUGAAAGAAUGACAUCUUUGAGGUCCAUGACUUCUGCAUCAAAGGUAAAAUCAUCUAAAAUACAUGAACAUAUGGUGGUAUCCCAUCUAGAAGUUGUUCUCUGUGUUGAGAUUUAUCAUAACAUAAGAACGUGGGUGAAGACCCAAGAGUUCUUGGUCCUUGGAAGGCAAACCCUGACAGAACUAAGGGAUAAUAUUUAUUGCUUGACUGACCAGUGGAUGCAGAAAACAGGACAGCAUGAUUCUUCUGGAUAUUUUCUUAUAGAAGAUAUAUUUUGCAAUGAUUUGAGAGACCCAUCUGCUAUAAAUUAUAGUGAACCCGUAUUUGAUUGGCUUAGAAACUCUAAGGAAGAGGUUCUUGAGAAAUGGGAAUGCAUUGUAUCUGGCGAGUUGCAACAAAAGAAAAAAGCAGUCUUAGGGGAUGUGACAAUAUCACACUUGCCUCAUUUCAAAGCUGUUGACAUGCAUAAGACUCGCUUUUGUGACUUGAAGUUUCGUCUUGGUGCUGGAUAUCUCUAUUGUCACCAGGGAGACUGCAAGCAUGUCAUGGUGAUUAGAGACAUGAGAUUGAUUCACCCAGAGGAUGUGCAGAACCAAUUAGUUUACCCAGUACUAAUAUUUCAAUUAAAAACCCGUCCUCGGAAAUGCUCAGUAUGCAAGAUCUAUCGAGCUACAAAGGUUACUGUCGAUGAUAAGUGGGCUCCAGAGAAUCCAUGCUAUUUUUGUGAUAGCUGCUAUUAUCUACUUCAUUAUGCUGAGGAUGGAUCAUUGUUGUAUGAGUUCACGGUGUAUGAUUACCACCAUGAAUAGUUCAUGGUUAUGGUAACAUUAAAAGUAAGUGAUUACAACCUAAGGUUCAAAAUAUCGGUAUUGCAACUAGUAUAAGAGAAGCAAUUUUAAGAUUUCUAUCAGGAUACGAUAAACUAUUAGGAAAUGCAAGGAUUUUUUUUGGGCAUUACACAUAACAGGAGGUUAUGGGGUUGAGACA